AAGGUCCGUGCAGUCAGAAGUUAGAUGAAACAAUUUUUUGCGUGCAAUGAAUGAGCUUAAAGCAAGAGGAGAUUGUUGCGUGAGACUUGUUUUGUUGUUGGUGCGACAGUCUGAGUAGUUAUUUAAAUGCAGUAGAAAUUAGACUGAGAAGUACCACCGCCAUGGAUUCUUCUUUAAUUCCUUCUUCACUUCUGCUCCGUCGGAUGUUACUGUUGUUGAUGACGGUCUUUUGCAAAACCAAAGGAGCAUUGCAACUUCCACCAAAUUUGAAGGUUCCUGCAGUGUUGGUGUUCGGAGAUUCGAUAAUGGACACCGGCAACAACAACAACAACACGCAUACGCUUGCAAAGUGCAAUUUCCCUCCCUAUGGUAGAGACUUCCAAGGAGCCAUUCCGACGGGUCGAUUCGGUAACGGAAAAGUUCCUUCCGAUCUUAUAGCUGAAGAACUAGGAAUUAAGGAUCUUCUACCGGCAUAUUUCGAUCCAAAUCUCCAACCUAAUGAUCUCCUCACCGGUGUCUGUUUUGCAUCUGGUGGUUCAGGCUACGAUCCUCUCACAUCUAAAAUGGCGACAGCUAUAUCAUUGUCUGGUCAAAUAGACAUGUUCAAAGACUACAUAAGAAAGCUUGAAGGACUUGUCGGGGAGGACAGAACCAACUUCAUCCUAGCCAAUAGCAUUGUCCUUGUGGUGGAAGGCAGCAACGACAUUUCCAACACUUACUUUCUGAGUCAUGCUAGAGAAGUGCAAUAUGAUAUUCCUACUUACACUGACCUAAUGGUUAGCUCAGCUUCUAGUUUCUUAAAGGAAAUAUAUCAAUUAGGUGCUCGGAGGAUAGGAGUAUUCAGUGCGCCACCAAUUGGAUGUGUGCCAUUUCAGAGAACGAUUUUGGGAGGAUUGCUCAGAAAAUGUGCAGAAAAGUAUAACGAAGCGGCCAAGUUAUUCAACAGCAAACUGGCUAAGGAGUUGGCUUCUCUUAACCAGAAUUUGCCUAAUGCCAGGGUGGUUUACCUUGAUGUUUACAACCCUCUACUUGAUAUCAUUGUAAAUUACCAAAAUUAUGGUUUUAAAGUGGGAGACAGAGGAUGUUGUGGUACGGGCAAAAUAGAGACUGCAGUGUUCUGCAACUCUUUGGACCCCACGUGCCAGAAUGCGGGAGACUACGUUUUUUGGGAUGGUUUUCAUCCUUCUGAAAGUGUUUACAGAAAGCUCGUACCUCCUAUUCUCCAUAAAUAUAUGUACCAGUUCAUCUGAUAUCACUUUCUUAUUACUUUUAUAUAUAUAUAUAUAUAUAUUGUAAGACAUGAUAAUCAUUAUUCAUUUUAAUCUAUAUAUACUAAUAAUAUAAAAGAAGUUCAGCACAUUAUGUUCGGCUUGACUAA